CUGUCUGCAAAGCUGAUCUGAAAUGGCCUUUAUUUUACGAUGUAGCCCACACAAGAAGACCAGCAGCAUUCUGGUGGACAGCCUGUGACUCUGUGCAGCGGAAAAGAAAUGUUUCAUCACUUCUUGGUUCAUGCAGCUUUUCAGAGCAGCAGGUGGCUUCCACGUGACCAACGUCUGAAAUUCCAAAUAGUUCUCUUUAUUUUUGUAGUACUGUUAAUGACACCCCAGCUUUACAUAUUGACAAGGCCAAAGUCUUCCCGGUACUGUGAAAAGCCACUUUUGAACAACCUUAUAGCGCUUAUUGUGUUUUCAGUCAUGGCUACCGGUUUAGCAGUAACCCUUACGCUCACUGACCCUGUGCCCAAGAGUAUCAGGGCAGCUUAUCAUACAUUUGGAGUGCUUUCAUUCACCCAGGGACUUUGUACCAUCAUUCUGACCUUCAGUGCUCCUCAGUGUGAGAAUACCACACCUGAGCUAUAUCUCUUUUCAUUGGUAUUUUCAUGGGCUUGUAUCAUAUCAACAGUGUUCUUCGUGAUAAGAGGCUGUCUUAUGAUCUUCCACAGAACAUAUCCAAACUGGUUCAGGGAAACCUGCCUCUAGACUGGCUGUGAGAGCCACUGUCCAGCUCACUACCUUAUGCGGCCCCAUGUAUUAUUCAGCGCCUCCUGUUAAAUUUGAGAUGGUGUCUUCAGCUAAGCUUGUUCAGCUCCUGUUACAGCUCUUGAUAUUGCUUUACAGUGCUGAUUAUACGAACAAUUUAAAAACUGAGAGAUUUCAACACAAGCAACUGAAGUAAAUGUCAAUUCUUAUGUGCUAUACAGUGCAUGGUAAAUUUCAUACAGUAUGUAAU